AGGUUCAUCGUGUGAACAGUUUAUGAGAAAUAUUAUGCUUAACUUAUUUUGAAGAGCUGCCCUUGCCCUUAGUACUCCCGCCAUGCACUCAUACUAGGAUAAUGUGAACUUUAACAAACAAGCACAAAUAGUAAGUAAGAUGCAAAAGAAAGUCGAUUGAAGCUGUCAAUUUGUUCUGUUGAAUCUCAAAACCAGCAUGAUUUAUUCGGAAAAAAGUACUUAGAAUAAAGACUCGCGAUGUAUGUAGUACGUGGUGGGUGAUCGUGAUAGUUGAAUACCGUAGAAAUGCAAGAAAUACAGAUAGAGAUACAGUCAACAGCUGAUGAUCAUCUAGUUCUAGUAUCGAGAUAACUAAGAGAGCGAAAUACUCAGAACAAGAUGGGGAAGUUGACGAUUCCGGGUGCCUUCACACAGAAUGCGAACCCAGAUGGUACGCAGAAACCUGCAGUGCCAUCGAAUGUGCACGUGGCAAACAAGGUGCUCAAACCGCUACCGAAGACGUCGGAAAGCAAUGCAAAUGACGCGUCUGAAAAGUCACCAGGGGAUAAGAAAGGGAGCUUGAGGAUGACAGCGCCAAUUAUGACCGGCAACAAAGAGCCUGCGAAGAAAUGGCCAACAGUAGGAGGGGGGGCUAGCGGAUCGUCGUCUUCCGCUGAGCGUUUCGGUUCGACUUCAUCGGUCCCGGGAAGCUUUUCGCCGGCGAAGCGAUUAUCGGUUGGCAGCACGAGUUCACCGGCUGGAAGGGGAAACGGAAAGAAUAACGGCAGCGGCGCGCCGUCGAGCAGUGGCGGAGGAGCCGCCCCAUCACAUUUUGCUUCCACCUCCCCAGAAAAAGGAGCUGGAGGGGGAGACGAUAAAUUUCGGGAAUUGUUUAACGCCUUUUUCGAAUGCGGAGAUGUGCUAGGAGUGCUCUCGACUUUUAAGGCGUUUCAGGAAGAGUGUUUGCGGAAGCUGGGAGGGGAAGAUGCGGUGAAAGGCCUCACGCACUUGGAAAGGCUGAUCAAAGCGACCGAGGACACUUCUAUGAGCUUCCGAAUGAAGAAGGUGAUCACGGAGAUGGGUCCGCUGAUGAAGCGUCGUCAUGCGAAGAAACUCGAGAAUCCAGAUCUGCGCGUUGUGGUGUCCGGUGCGGGCCCGGUAGGCCUAUUUUUUGCGCUGGAAGCCUUCAUGAUGGGUUUUCGGGACGUCACGGUGAUCGAGAAACGAGACACGUUCUCGAGGCACAAUAUCUUGACCUUGUGGAACAGCACAGCGGAGUUGAUCUCGAUGUUUCAGGCGCGAGAGUUCUUUCCACUGUUCACGCAUCGAGAUAAGAUUCCACAUUUGGGGACCCGCGAAUUGCAGCUAGUCCUGCUCAAAUGCGGACUGCUAGCUGGGGUCAAGUGCCUCUACGGUUGGGAAACGGUGCUGUUGGAGGCCCCGGCCGCGCCGACUAAGGAUACUGGCAUUGGUGGGUGGAGUGUGGGGCUCCGCAAACCGACGGGGAGAGCAGAGCCCACGGGAGUGCUGGACCUGAAGGCGAACAAAUUCGAGAACGCAGUAGCACGUGCAGCGGACGGCGCCUGCGGCAUGAUCGAACAGAACGACUUUGAUCCGACCUUUGCUGUGGUGAACGGCGGUGCGGGCAGCGUCAAGCUAGAGAAACAAGUGCCAGUUGACGCUUUCGUCUUGGCCGAGGGCGAGACGAGUCAGAACAGCAAACGGAUCGGCUUCACGAAGAAGAUUCAGAAAUUUUCGCGUGCAAUCGCGAUUGUGCUCAACCUCUGGCGUGAUCCGAAGGACAAGGCCCAGAACCAAAUCAAAGACUUCAUAGUCCAGGGACAUUUGCAGUCGCCGGCUGCCUCCGCACUGAAGGCGCAAGGCAUAGACUUCGAGUUCAUGGAGUAUCUCCGCGGCACGACGCACUACGUAGCCAUUUGCGUUACGAAGCAGACCUUGUUGAAGAAAAAAGUCUGCAAGGAGGACUUGGGUGGUAAGGCGUUCAUCGGGCGCGAUAACAUCAGUGAAGAUGCCCUUUUCGCACUGGGCCGUGAGAUCGCGACUGCGAUCGGACUUCCUAAAACAGUAGAAUUCUGUGACUUUCACGGAGCAAAACUAUUCGACUUUGGCUCUCGGAGUUCCUUGCCACUCCCCUUUCGCGUGCUCUGCGAGGGCACUGCAGGUGAGGCCAAAGGACGCAUUCUAGCACUUGACUGGGCUGCAGAGCCCAAGUUGGCGUUCGUCGAGACAAACUUCCUCGAGAAAACAAUCGCGUGGCUAGAACGCACAGUGCGGGAACGAAAACACAGUCUGGAAUUCGUAUCGGACAUGCAGAAAAACCGAGAAAUAACGACGAUUGGCAAAUUUUCCGACGAAGUUGGUGACCUAAAGAAACAACUCAAGGAUUUCAAGAAGCAGGUCGAAAUAUCGCAGACAGCAAAGGCGGAGAAGCUACUGCCUGGUACCUCCGCAUACAUUACUAGAUUUCGAAGACUUUCACUUUUUUUCUACUUCAUCUUCGAGAAAUUCGAGGAGGAUUUUUUUUUAGUAUGCACUGCCAGCUCAUUUUUCUUUAUUUUGACACAAUCGGCCAACAGGUAGCUGUUCAUGCAAUUAUAUGUUAUACCAGCAAAUUAUUUAACUUCAGUAUUUCCGAUCGGUGAUUGUUUGAUGGAGCCCUUUUGGCCGCAGGGGACAGGGAUUAACCGUGGAUUUCACACGGCGUAUGAUGCAGCCUACGCAUUGAAAGAGAUGUGCAAUGAGGGCCUCUCUGCUGGUUUGCUUGCCUGUGACUUCUGCUAUCGACAGCGUUCCACUUUGCUGGAGAACAAUCAGUUACAGUUUAAGACUGAAGGUUGGAACGCCGAGCCAUGGGACAGGUACACGGGUUUGGACACUAUCUUAAUGAUGUAUACUCAAAGCGACGCGGAGCUAGCUGCGGCCAAGAAGGCAGCCAUCGAUUUGGACGAGGCCACGCGAUUGAAAUGCAUAGAGAAUCCUUGGCCAGUGAUAGAAAAGUGGGUAGGAAAACCAGGACCAUUGCAGAAAUUCGUGUUGACUUUAUGGCUCCUGCUGCAGUCGUGAAAUUGUUUACUUACGUACUACAACUUCAUUUAUUAGACUUAAGUAAAGAAGAAGAUAGUUUCUACUCUUUCUUGCUGACUUGGAAGUUACAUUUUCACUUUUUCAACAUACUUCAUAGUCGUACUAAAACCUCUAAUUUCUGACAUCACGCCCUACGACGACCGCGAGAAAAUCGAAGUUGCUUUCAAGGAUGCGAUCUACAUUCCACGGCCGACCAAGAUGUUUGGAAGUUCGUGCUGUCCGAAAGGUAUUGAGGCCAAGGUGGUGAAGAGCGCGCUCAAAAAGGAGGUCAAGUCAGCAUGCAAGGGACUGUAGUGAGCUUACAAAUUCAAAUGAGAUUCAAGAUGAUAAUAAAUUUCUGUUGUCAAUUUUUUCAAGAUGAUAACUUUGGCGAUAAGAUUGGUUUGAUCAUUGCGGAUUGCAUAGCCUGAUGUACUACUUGACAUAUUUCGCCGUGAAGUCAUACCUCCUGUAUCAUAAGCGCAUACCAUAGAUUGAAGGUUUGAGCUUGUGCUCGACAUUGAAGAUUUUGGUAGUUCUACUUGAUGUUGUCAUUAAUAGACCUGGAAAAGCAUCAAGGAAGAUGUCAUGUUUUGAUUCGUUCAUAAGAUUCUUGACUAGAAGCUGCAUCCAUGUCAGGGCGCCACACUUGUUUUCUUCCACUUCUUCAUGGCCAUGUCGACCUGUCAAUGUUAUCGUUUUCAUUCACCAUACAAGAUUCAAGGAAAUGCUAGGGCAGCUCAGCCUCAAAUACGCAACAUCGAGCGAAUGAUCACCACAACAAAAUUCUCGUCGACACGAACAGGAUUGUUAGUUUAUUGAGGCUGACCCUUAGCCUUUGUGAAAAAUGACAAUCUGAUGGACCAUGAAUGAAACUAGGUACACACGAUCGUGUCUCUCUAGUUUCUCCUCUCGAUUUUCAAUUGAUAUCGCUGCUUUACGUUGCUAUUGUAACGCUAAUGGACAUCACUCGGAG